CGUUAUCAAGCAAAAUAUAUUUACUUAUAAUACACACAAGUCAUCUAUCUAUAUUCAAUUCAUUGUGUUCCUCAAAAUAGAUUCAGUCGUUAGACCCCUGAACGUCUUAUAAAUUAUCAUAUUUCAAUCAGCUUUUCUUUUGUAGCAGACACUAUCAACAUCUUAUGUCUAUUAUCAUAUUGUUGCCAUUAUAAAUUAAAGCCAAGGAACUCCUUACUUCUUUCUUUAAAGACUAACCCCUAAGAAUUAAUCUGAACGAUGUGUGGCAAUCAUGCUCGACAGUCUCGAGGCGGUGCCCUUGCCGUACUCAGUCUUCCGUUGAGAAGCACCCGAUUUAUGGCUCCAGUAAUGGCGGGUCAGCUCACAUUUCACGAUUGCGGGAAUGGUGGUUCUAUUGCCACUCAUGCUACAUUUAUACCAGACGAAGAGAAUACCAACAGUAGUCUGGUCGAUUUAGAUUCAUAUAUCGUUGGUAUUCAUGAGACUGGUGACCUGACGAGAUCUGCCAUCAUGAGUCCUUUCCUCCAUAAGUUCAACAUGGCACGAACCGACUCGACAUUGCAAAGCGACCAAGGGCGUUCGAUAGAAGUACCUCUAACUCAUCCCAUGAAUAUCGAGGUGGGAGGCGAUGGAAUUAUCGGCAGAAGGGUUACUCUAUGGUUGCAAGGCGCUGUAGACCCCAUCGCGGAGGGAAUAAUAGGAUACAAUUGAGCCAUUCUAGGGGUGUAACUGUAUGAGUAAUGGUCGGAGUUAAAGGGCUACAGGAGUUAAACAUAUGGAAAUAGACGGGUUUACGCUUUUAUACUAACUACCAUACAAGUGUCAGGGAUAUAGGGUAGCCGGCUCCCUCAAGGGAGGUGAGAAGGCUAGACGUUACUAGAUCUCUAUAAUAGACUUCAUACCAUCCCUGACACUCACUCUGUAUACGACAUCCAUCACGGGCAUAACCUGAUAAUAAGGAUGAUUGAUUCGAAUGACAGUAAAGGAUGCUAGCAUAGAAGAAAAAUAU